GAGAGCGUCACACUACAUUCUCACCUCCUUCAAACAAAAUCAAUAAAGAGACUUAACGUUCAAUUUAGACGUUAAACCUAACGGCCAAUAAUCGGUGUAGCAAUCAUUGUGUUGUUUGUGGCACUCCUUCCUUUGCUUCCUUCCACUUCCAUUCUUUCACACACACACCAAAUCACAGGAAUCUUCAUACUCUACACCAUUUCUCAUCCUUCUUUCUCCUUGUUCACUUCAAGGUUUAAAGGCGAGUUCUUCUGAGCGGGUGCUUCAUCUUGAAUCUUGCCUUUAUUACACUGUUCAGUUUGGUGGUUGGAAUAGUGUCGUUUAUACUCUUGAGCUUGUUUUGAGGGAGAAAAUAUUCACACUUUCGGUGCUCCGUACAAAAGACCUAUCUAUCUAAUCUCGAGCUUUCAUUGUUUUUGCUCAUGUCAAAAUAACAAGUGUAGCUUUUUUUUAUGCACAAUGGGGGUGUGAUUUGAAGUGUAAAGUUUAUUCUCGAUCGAGAUAUUGAGUUCAACCGAAAUCUAAACACUCUCGACUUGAAGGCCUUUCUUGGUUGGAAUGAGCGGCUCAAGGCGUGAAUUGCAUGUUACACAACAAACUCGGCGAGAGAAAUUGAGGAUUCAGAACAGUUUUGGUAUCAACGUCGAACAAGUAUCAUCAUCAUCACACCCUGCAGUAGGGUUCAACAACAGCCUGGACCUUGUUGAAGUGAGAAACGUUAGAAAUGGCGGCGACAACAACAAUAACAACAACAUGCUUGUUGAUGAUGCAGCAGCAGCAGCUUUUUACUCAUCGGAAAUGAUAACACCGCCUCCUUUAUCUGCUACUAGGAACAUGUUGGAGUGUCAGGAUCAGCUAGUAGAACCCUCUAGGCUAAUGAUGCCUCCUCAAUAUAGUUCAUUAUUCCCUCAAUAUUCAUCUUCCAACCUUCAUUCUUCCCCAAAACAAGAUUGGAGAAACAGUAGUAGUAACCCCCAUCAUCAAGUCUCUGAUUGGAUGGUGAAUAAUUAUGGAAGCUCCAGUUCUAUCCCCAACAUUAAUUUCUUGGCUUCUGAGUUCAAUGUUUCUGCAACUCAAAAGCAAUUAGGUGAAAUGCAUUACCCUCCUCCUUCUUCUAAUUCUUCACCUCCACUCUACCACAAUGCUUUACAAGAUAUUUUCAAGUCUGCAUCUCCCAUCAAUUCACAUGGUUCAGUUCAAAUGGCUAGUAGUUCCAUAAUGCACCAUGGCAUUUGGGGAUCAGGAAAUAGUAAUAAUAACAGUGAGCAUGCACAGUAUGGUAAUUUGUGGCCAUUGAGCAGUGAUUGCAAUAAUCAUCCUCAUCAGGGUUUGUGUUUGUCACUUUCAUCAAAUUCACAAUCCAAGCCUUCUAUUGAAGAAGGGUCUACAUCAGAUGACCCUCAAUAUUCAAAGCCUGUGGGAAUAGCAGUACCUUCUUCAAGCACUGCUAGUUUUAGAAACAUUGGUCCUCUUGGCCCUUUUACUGGAUAUGCCACCAUUCUCAAGAGUUCAAGGUACUUGAAGCCUUGCCAGCAGCUGUUAGAUGAAUAUUGCUGUCAGAAAUCUGAAAAAUCUCCAAAAUGGGUCUCCAGAGAAAACAGUGCUAAUUCUGUUUCUGCUCUAGGUGGUGGUGGUGGUAGUAAUUCAGGUUCAGGUAAUUCAUCCUCUAUGCUGUAUGCUCCUGCAGCUGCUGCAAAGGAAAACAGUAGCUGCAGCGGUGAUGGCGGUGGAGGCAAGAGCAGUAGUAGCUUCUGUGGUUCUUCUUCUCGGCCCGAGUGCCAAAAGAACAAGGCAAAACUACUGUACAUGCAAGAAGAGGUUACAAGGAGAUACAAACAAUACCAUCAACAAAUGCAAAUGGUUGUUUCAUCCUUCGACUCAGUAGCGGGACUCAGUUCCGCUACACCUUACAUUUCCUUGGCUCUCAAGUCAGUGUCAAGACACUUCAGAUGCUUAAAAAAUGCGAUAACAGAUCAACUCAAGCUUACAUGUGAUGUAUUGGGAGAUGAAUUUUCAAUGCCAACCACUAGCACUAGUAGUAAAAUGGUUGACAACAACAUGGCUAGGCUAAGGUGCAAUUUGGACCAAAGCUUUCACAAGAACAAAUCUAACAUGGACUUUUUUGAACCCCAACAACAUGUGUGGAGGCCCCAAAGAGGAUUACCAGAACGCGCAGUGGCAAUUCUUAAGGCUUGGUUAUUUGAACAUUUUCUUCAUCCGUACCCCACGGACACUGAUAAACACAUGUUGGCUACUCAAACAGGUCUAUCUCGAAACCAGGUUUCAAAUUGGUUCAUUAAUGCUCGAGUCCGAGUGUGGAAGCCAAUGGUUGAGGAAAUCCACAUGCUUGAAACUAAAGGCACCACAACAGAAAACCACCAGAACUCGAGCAAAAACGAGGGAGCUUCCGCCGCUGACCAAGGUAACAACCACGCCGGAGUUGAUCAACAUAUGAGCAAGUUUGGCAGUACUACUCAUGCAAUUGUCCCUGAAAAGCAAUUUCAGCAUUUGGAAAUGGGAUCAUCCUCAACUGGGAAUAUUGUGGAAAAGAGAAUAGAAGAAGAUGAACAAUGGAAUAUUCAAUUAGAGAAGAGGUCUAAAUAUGAAUGUGAGAUUGCACCUGCACCAAGCAUGGAUGAGACAUUGAUGGGUUUUAUGCCAUACCGGCGCGGCGGGCUUGAGGUUGGCGGGCUUGGGCCUGUGUCUCUAACUUUGGGUUUAAGGCAUGGAGUGGAAGGUACACAGCAUCAGCAACAGCAGUUGCAGCAUGAGGAGGAACUUAGACGCCAAUUUGGAGGGCACAUGAUCCAUGACUUCGUGGGAUAGAAAAAAUUGUUCCAAUUGAACGCGAAAGAUCGUUUUAGAGAGUAAAGUAAGUAAUUGCAGCUAUUGAUUGAGAAAUUAACGGUUGAAAUUGUGAUUAUGUACUUGCACAUUAAAGAGUUAUGUAAGAUGCAAGUGUUUCUCACUCAAUGGUUGUAAUUGUUUAGUGUAUCUUCUAAAGUAGCAUUUCUCA